CCGUGUACGUGAGUCGCCGUGAUUUGCUCAUCGCUAACUAAACUGCAUUCGUGUCACCAGCUAAAACGCAGAAACUAGCCAACGCUUAUUUUCCUUAUUAGAGAUUGCAAUUUGUUUAAAACAUGGCAGAUGAACAACCGAAUCUAGUAGCUGGACACCCACCUGCAUUGAAGGCUGGUGGGAUGCGCAUUGUGCAGCAUAAAGCGCCUGCUUCUGAGCGACCAGCUAAGGACGCCGAGGAUUGUACGGGUCUAACGCAACCAGUCAAUGUUAAUUCGGCCUCAGUUAGCGGUGCACCUGUUAAAGGUAACACAGAUUUUACGCCUGCUGGAGCACAGGUGGCUCAUUCGCACAAGCCGCCGGUGGCGGUGCAGCAGAAGCCCCAGAUACACAUACAGCAGCCACGCAAAUGAAUAAUUCGUACUGGUUAUAAGUUGUA